AUGCAUAAACAUGUCUUUCUUCGCAUAGUUGAAGCUCUUGGCCAAUAUGAUGGGUAUUUUCAGCUGAGGGUUGAUGCAACUAGUAGAUCAGGUAUUUCACCACUACAAAAAUGCACUGUUGUUAUUCGUAUGUUGGCAUAUGGAACAUCUGCUGAUAGUGUGGAUGACUAUUUGAGAAUUGGUGAAACUGCAACACUAAAACGUGUCGAUAAGUUUACAAGGGGUGUGAUCAGUGUAUUUGGGCCACAAUAUUUGCGAAAGCCAACGACUGAAGAUAUCGAACACCUGUUGCAGAUGGGGGAGGCACGUGGUUUUCCAAGUAUGUUGGGUAGUAUUGAUUGUAUGCAUCGGGAAUGGAAAAAUUGUCCAGUCGCAUUGAAAGGGCAGUAUGUUCGAGGUGAUCAUGGUAAACCCACUGUUAUGCUUGAGGCAAUUGCUUCACAAGACCUCUAUGGAUUUGGCAUGCAUUCUUUGGGGUAG